AUGCACGGGAAACUCAGUUCUCUGGCCGUGGUGGCUGCUGCGACAUCUUUGGUUGCUGGCAUUCCACUUGAUCGUCGUCACUAUCCAGGACAAGAUUACCUUGUCUCGCUUGGACCUCGUCCUUACUACCUCGUUCAUAAUGUCAGCGAAAGCCCCCUGAAGGACAAAUUAGUCGCCUGCGAAAAUAAGCCCGUUGGAAUUCAGAGCUGGAGUAUUGGUCACCGUGGUGGUGGCACCAUGCAGAUUCCCGAGGAGACAGUAGAAUCUACUUUGGCCGGCGCCAGAAUGGGUGCAGGCGUGCUAGAGUGCGACGUCUCAUUCACUGCAGACCGUGGGCUGGUUUGCAGACACGACAUCUGCGAUCUGCAUACCACCACCAACAUUCUUCUGAAGCCCGAAUUAGCUGCCAAAUGCAGCAUUCCCUUCACUCCUGCAAACGCCACUCACCCAGCAACAGCGCUUUGCUGUACCAGCGACAUUACUACAGCAGAAUUCAAAUCGCUAUGUGGCAAGAUGGAUGGGUUCAAUAAGACUGCAACGAAUGUCGAGGACUAUCAGCAUGGCACCCCAGCCUGGAGAACAGAGCUUUAUGACACAUGUGGCCAGGUGCUGACCUUCCCUGAGUGGAUCGAUCUGGUCGAUUCAAUCCCGGGAUACCGGAAUUUCACACCGGAGUUGAAGACUCCGCCCAAGGCUGUACCUCUCCCAUUCAACGGGUACACCCAGGCACAAUAUGCACGAGACGCGAUGAACGUCUUCGUUCAAAAAGGUAUCGACCCAAGCCGAGUUUGGUUCCAGUCUUUCACACCUGCCGACAUUUAUCUGUGGCUGAAUGAGUUCCCUGCAUUUGGCAAGCAACUCGUCUACCUGGAUGAAGAUGGUGACACUCCAGACAAUUUUACUGUCGCGGUGAACCGCUUGGGAGCAUUGAAAGCCAGUGGUGUCAGUGUCGUUGCACCCCCAAUCAACUACUUAUUGACCGUGGGUGGCCCCAACAAUGACACCAUCGUUCCCUCUUCCUAUGCGAUCACCGCAAAAGAGGUUGGCCUUGAUGUCAUUGCUUGGUCAUUCGAACGAUCCGGCCCUCUGUCCAAGGUCGCUGCUAAUGAGGAUUAUUACUAUGCAUCAAUUGCGCCCAUUACAUACUAUGAUGGACAAGCAUACAACGUUAUUGAUGUCUUGGCUCAAGAAGUUGGUAUUAUCGGCUUGUUCUCAGAUUGGUCCUCCACAGUUACUUACUAUGCCAAUUGCUUUGAUCUGUAG